GUGACCUUUACGACGAAGAUCAGAUACUCCAAUGGCUAAUGACUCAGAAAGACCCCUCAGGUGAAGUAAUAGAAGCCCUCGAGGGCGAGGAUCUUCUUCAUCUAAUUCGAGAAUCUGAAGCAUUAGCCGUUUACUUUUGGAACGGAACGCUUUGCGACAUGUGCCAAUCGAAAGCGUUCCGCAAGCAGAUGCGUCACAAGCAGGAGCAGAGGAUUGCCGAGCAGGCCGAGGCGACCGAAGAUGCCAUUGACAGCGACGAGUGUGAGCAGUGCGCUGGAAUACUUGAGGAACUCGAGAAUAUUGAUGAUGACUGUGAUAGACAUGGGAUCACAUUUGUCAAAACUCAGGACUUUAAAAUAGCCGAAGACUACGGAGUAACUGACUUUCCAGUACUAGUGUACUACGAGGCCCAAACAGCUAAUGUGUUCGAAGGUGAUCUAGCCGAGGAAGAGGAAGUACUUCAGUGGUUGAUCACUCAGAAAACUGAGGAUCGAAUUGAGUUAAUCACCCGAGUGAUGCUAGAGUCUGCUGUUGAAGACACGCAGUACCUGGCUGUCUAUUUCUAUAAACAAAAUUGUCACAUCUGUGAUGACAUCCUCGAGGGAUUAGAACGCAUCGACGAUGAGUGCGAUGUAUUCGGCAUUCAUCUAGUGAAAAUACGAGAUCCACAACUGGCGAAGAGGUACUCCAUCAAGACCUUCCCAGCUCUAGUCUACUUCAGAAACGGAAAUCCACUGUUAUUCGAAGGGGACCUGCAAAAUGAGGAGUCCGUGCUUGAGUGGCUGAUUGAUGAUGACAAUCGAGAAUUAGCGGAUGAGAUCGAGUCCGUUAAUGACAGAAUGUUGGAGAGACUUCUGGAUGAGUCUCCAUUUCUGGCUGUUUUCUUCUAUGAUGAAGACUGUGCAGAGUGUGACGAGAUAAUGGAAGCCCUGGAGCAGAUCGAUGGUGAAGCAGAUCUGUUUGGGAUUGACUUUGUCAAGAUUUCAAGCCCAGAAGCUGCGGAGAAAUAUCAAAUCAUCAACGUCCCCUCAUUAGUUUAUUUCAGGAAGAAAGUUCCACUAAUCUACGAUGGAGAUUUGACGCAAGCGGACAAGAUUCUGCAGUGGCUGACGUCUCAGGAUGUCUUCGAGAUCAAGAAUGAGAUCGAAGAGGUCAACAGAAAGAUGCUGGAUAAACUAUUAGAGGAGAACGAAUUCGUAACUGUUUUUUUCUAUGAACAUAACAACAAGGAGAGUGCUGAAGUCAAUCAAAAAUUAGAAAGUAUCGACAGUGAAACUGAUAAUCUAGACAUAACGUUCGUCAAAAUGGCGGAUACUCGUUAUGCCAGAAAAUGGGGAGUUACAAAAUUGCCUGCGAUUGUUUACUUCCGAAAGAAAUUUCCGAGUAUUUACCGAGGUGAUUUGCACAAAGAAGGAGAGGUCCUCGAAUGGUUGAGAAAAAAUAGGUUCCGCCAGCCGGAACUCAACAUAUACAUGUACAUGCUAAUAGCCAUGGGAGUUAUGUUUGCAUUGUAUACCGGUUUCCUUCUUUCGUGCUUCCGUUCAGAUCCAAGCCCAGCGCCAGUUGCACAUCCGAAACAAGCGUGAAGAAAAUUCCAUCAUCUGACUCCAUAAAUUAAUGUACUCUGUCAGCAGUAUUUGUUGUUCCAUAAUUAAUUUUUUUUUUUCAUCGAAAAUAAAGGAGAAAAUAUCGUCACGAAUAAGAGGAAAUCUUGUGCGACGUGCGUGCGACUUCCAAGACUUCGAUUUCAUCCGUACACUCAAUAGAACUUCACGGAUCAAUUUCGUUUUUCUAUAUAUAAUGUCACUUAUUUUAAUUAAAAUAAUAUAAUAACAUAAUGUAUAGGCAUAACGCGAAAGAAAAAACAUGUGUAUUUAUAAUUUUUGUUGGCUUAUGUUGUUGUUCGAUCAUUAUCUCAAACUGUUAUAUUUAAACAAGAAACAGAUUGUAUCCCAUGUAAUAUAAGGACAUAUAUGUAUCAUACAAUAUUCAAUUGUAAUCGUAAUUGAUCUUCGGAUCGACUAAUUCCGUUUAUCUUGCAGAAAACAGAAACUGUCAUGAUGUGAGUUAUGAUAUUCUUGAAAAUUUCUGAUAAAUGAAUAAAACAGGAUGUUCACCUUUUGGACCAAUUUUUUAGUGUUCAACUGGCUAAAGUUGCAAUAAA